AUGACCGACAGCAUCUUUCUCCGCCCUGACGUCGCUGCCCGCAUCGAGGCCUUUGCCUCGCUGCCGCCACACUCACCGCCGCACCUCGACGAUGUCAUUGACGACACCGGUGCGGUUGUCUGGACUGCGCUCGACGCACUCGCUGCUGCAUCUCCAGACUUGCCGCCGUACUUGGUUCUGGCGCUCGCCGCACGACCGGCCGCCGACUUCCUUGCCCAUGUGGGCCUUCCGCAUGCCGUCGCCGCCCACAUCGAUCUCCUCUGCCCGGCCAUGAGGCCGGCCGCUGCCGCUGCUGCGGAUGGCUCUGCGCCUCACAUCCACCUGGCGGCCGCGCUCGUCUUUCCCUGCCUCGAGGCCACGCUCGCCGCACUUGCUACCCAUCGCGGCGUAGUGAGUCCACCCAACAUGCUCAAGGACCUGCUGCUGGUCCCUGAGCUUGCGGAUGCCGAGCCAGCCCGAUCGCGGUGGCUGAAGAGCCUGCUUGCCUCCAACCGCGGUGUCAAUGUCCGCAACUUGGUCUGGCACGGCUUUUGCCCCGAGCCCGAACUCUCGCUGCCACUGCUUGCGCUCUUGCUUGCCGCGCUCGCAGAGGCGUUGGCCAUAGCUUCAGCCACGCCUGGCGUGCUCGAUGCCCUCCGAGCUGCCGCUUGA